UUGAACGAAGCAAAUCUUGUUUCCGCGCAUUGCGAUUCGCGCGCAGAACUCCCACACACUGAAUCAGAUCCUAACAACCCGCUUUACAGUAAAUAUUUGUAUUUCGGCGUUUAGAUGUCAUUGUAUUUGCACUCUGAACAACUUAUCGUUAUAAAUAAUACAUUUCCGUGUUGAUUAUAUAACACCGUGUUGCGGUAUUUCAGAUUUUUGUGUUAUUAUCUAGAAUUUGUUUCCACGGUGAGCAAAAUGCGUGUUGAAGAAAUGAAUGGAAUCCCUGACAAGUGGCUGAAUGUAGUUGCACAGUUUGUCAUGGGUUUAAGAAACGAUUCAGGGUUGGAUUUUAGCAAACCGCACCUUCGUCCAUCCGUAGCACGUGUGUUUCCUCUGUUCGUGUUUCUAUAUGCCUUGGUUGUAGCAGUGGGCACUAUAUCCAACCUUGCAGUAAUAUGGACUGUUGCCAAGCACAGACUCUACCGGAAUCCAACAUACGGCUACAUUAUCAACUUGGCCAUUGCAGAUAUCAUCAAAUGCGUUCUUGUGUUACCGAUUUCACUCACCAUUCUGUUAGUCCAGAACUGGAUCUUCGGCAGCUUCCUCUGCUUCUUCUUGCCAAUGUUACAGGACAUUCCGUUGCACGUGUCCAUGCUGAGCUUCCUACUCAUCGCCGUGGACCGCUACCGCCUCAUGCUGGACCCCACGAAGCCAAGGAUGCCGUCCUUUGUGUGCGCCCUGGGCACCUGGCUGCUUGCAGUCUGCAUCGUGCUGCCGUACCCUAUCUACAUCACCUACCUGGACCUCGGGAACUUCAUUCAGAAUCAUUUUGAUGGUGUUGGCAUCUGCGCCGUGAACCUGGUUGAUGACAUGCAGGAGUACAUGCGUGGGCUCUUCAUAGUCAUGUAUGUGCUUCCCCUAACUGUCAUCUCUUACCUCUACGUGCGUGUCUCCAGAGAGCUGAAGGUACAAGAGGGCCCCCUCGCUGUCAUGAUGUACGAGGCCCGAAACCGAGAGGACGGCUCGCGUACGGAUUCGACAUGCCAGGACUUCAGGGGCAGUCAGCAGGAUUGUGAGGACAGUCAUUACUCUUGCCGUGGUCACGGCGUCAGAUCUGGGAACUACGAUAUGUAUGAAGCUGAACUGGACGUUCGCAAAGAGAAGAGAAAUCAGAAGUAUCUCAUCUCCAUGGUAACCAUUUUCGCCAUAUGCCUGUGUCCACUGAUGGUACUCAGAGUGGCGAAGCUGGCUCUGGCGGAGACUUACGAGAACAGCGGACACUUCGACAUCACCUUCAUGCUUUUCGUCUGGAUCGCUUUCCUGCCGACCUGCACAACCCCCUGCCUCUUUGCGUCUUGGAGAAUGAGCCGAAUUGCUAAGGAGCGUCUCCGGGGUUACUUCCGGUUUAGUAACCGGAAAAUACGUCGUGGUUGUGACACUGCUGUUCAGGGCCCACAGCAACGCUCUGUCCACGUGCACAACAUGGCGUACAAUGAGCGCGGCGUAGGUGAGAACGGCAUUUGCAUUGCUGAUGUGAGUCUCGAAGCAAAGCACCACUACCAACAUGACCUCACCUCUUCCUGAUGCCACAUCAAUGACAUGAUACAUUAACACUCGAGCUGCCGUAGCGUGAGGCUUGAGGCACUGAUCUGAGGUUGCAGAUAGAUAAAUGCGCGGCAAUUCUCUCUUCCUGUUUCACGCGUAAUAAUGUUCUUCGAAGUUACGAACAAACUUCUGUAUAGCAUAGGUGCUGGGAAAUGGCUUAACGUGUUGUACGAAUAACAACUCCAGCCGUUUAAAAAUAACAGUCUCAUCUUUAAGAGAAGAACAGGAAAUUAAUCUUUAUAAUAACAGUUUCCCCACAUAUUUAUUUUUUAGUACUAUACCAAAUUUCAAGAUGCAGUAGUCUCAGGAAUGUACAACAAUUUCCAAAAUACAGAACUACGUUACACCUAAUCAUUUAUCCAGUUGCAUCUUACUGCAGUUGAGCUUCUACCGACUUGCUCUAUAAAGAAGAGUCCUACUUCAGAAGCUGAUAGUUAUUCAGCUGCUCAAGAAAUUACCGCAUCGACAUAACCAAGAUUCUCAUUUCUCUGUUGACAUGAGCUUGCCACUAGACUCUGUCCUCAGCCAGGAGAACGUAGUCCGUAUCCUCAAGCCAUAUUUCACUACAAUUAUUUUAAUAUUAUCCCCACAUCUGCUCCUGUAUCUCCAAAAUACAAUAUUGGACAGGUAAUGGUGCAGUAGAAUUCAAACAUUCCUUAAAAUAUAAAAAUUGUGGUCAAUUUUGAUGGAAUAAUUAUUACAUGACAUCUAUGCAAUAAGCAUUACAGAUAUGCUAGAAUUUAAAAAUACAAACUUCAAGUUAUUAGGCUCUGCAGUAAAUAGAAUGUUGAACUGAUAUUUGUCUAUAUUCAGAAGUCGCCACUGCGUUUUUGUUGUAAAUUCCAAACCUUUAAAUAUUAUCCUUAUUAUUAAAACACCGUUCAAUAUUGAAAAAAUAUUUUUUAAAAUAU